CAUACACGUCGCCUUCACGCCUGCUCGCCUACAAAAUGGUGCAGGAGACGUGAAUAGUGAAUACUCACGACUGACGUGAUCGGAGAGCGCCGAAAUGCUGUAGACGUCGUCUUCGCUUGCGCGGUGUGCUCUCUCUCCAUCGUAGCAUGGCGCCAUUUCAAGCCAAAGGUGUCGCAAAGCGAUGUGCUUUGUGCGUAGCGCGCAUGCACGGAUGCACCGCUUGCUGCAUCCGUGCUUCACGAUUGUCGCGAAAGUCGCACGAGCCUUGCCAUGCAUCACAUACCUGCAUUGUGAUUCUUUAUUUUGAUUGUUACCGCUUCGAUGGACGAGGGCGAGAGGCUGGCUCAGUAUCCCUGAUUUUGUAUCUGCAUGGGUUCGGGGCCGCGAUGAGGCUGCAGCUGUCGAGCGGGGCAAAAAGCACGUCAGCGAGCAUGUCGCUCAUGUGUAGCUUGUAUACUUGCAUUGUACCUCUUAACGCUUCGACCAGAGGGCUGCACGCGGGUCCGCCACUUCACAAGGCGUGAAGUCCUUCAAAGGUUGCUUGCUGGCCAAAAGCUCAGAGGCAGCACGACU